AAUGACAAUGGGCACCACCAAACGAAGCAAAACAAAAACUAAAAGAUACACGAACCCACCCCCCACAUGGCCAUUCUCCAUUCUUCAACAAGAGACUCGUCAAAAUGUCAUCCACCGCCUCCGCCACCACCACCGCCACCGACAGAGUCACUUGUUGGUGUCACCAAUGUGAUAUGAGCGUCAGUCUCGUCUUUUCCUCCAGCUCCACCAUCUCUUCUUCUCCUACAAUCUCACUCCCCUGCCCCCACUGCCACUCCCUCUCUCUCGAACACAUGGAUGCCCCUCCAGAUCUUAUCUCCAAUUCCCAUUUCGACUUCCUUUUUGCUGAUUACGAUUUCGAUUGCUACGAUGAUGGUACUGGUGAUAAUGCAUCCAAUUCAGUCACCAAUGCUUGGCAAUCAUCAAUUUCGAAUCUGGUAAUAUCUGAAUCUUUGUCAGGAGAGUUGUGUGUUAUUUGUAAAGAUGAGUUCUUUGUUGAUUCAGAAGUCAAUCAACUUCCUUGCAAACACCUUUACCAUCCUCACUGCAUCCUCCCUUGGCUUUCCCAUCAUUCCUCCUGCCCUCUCUGCAGAUUCCAGUUAAUUUCAGGCAAUGAAUAAUCAACUUUCACUCAUAAAUCAAGUUUGAAUCUGCAUUGGAUGAUAAUCCUGUUAAAAUAAGCUGUGAUUCUGUUGGGAAUUGUUCUCCUGUUUUCGAUUAUCAAUUGUAAACUAAUAUCUACCCUCCUGGUAUUUUGUAUGCUUAAAAUAAGAAAACUUGUUCAACUCAAAAAGGUAGCUUUUUUCUGUCAAUUAUUUAGAAUCCUCAACCAUUCGGGUUCACAAAUGCCCAUCUUUAAAUUAAAUCUAAUUUUCAGGAACCAUCCGUUGUAGAUACGUACUUUCAAGUCAGUUUGGUCUGUGAUAAGAAUAAAGUAAGGUGAUGUGGCGCCACAUCCUCCAAGAAUCUGAAAGACGAAUUUGUUCUGUUCAAGUAAUUAUCUUUUAAAGGAACUUUAACUACAUCAUGCUCACCGACUUUUUCAGCACGUAAAUUAAACAAAAACAUUCUUGUUCACAAGUAGAGCAUUCAAUUAUUUAACCGACUUUCAGGCAAAAGCAACCCAAGUCAAAGGCAACCCAGUCCUCCAUAUAGAAACUUCAAAGAAAGAAGUUAAUACACGUAAAGUGGAUAUGGUGGAAAUUUCUUUGUUCCAAGUUUAGGUCAACACGUCAAAUAUGAUCGGCUUCUUUUCCAUAUCUCUAUAUAAGCGUAGUUUGCAUAUGGAUCUUGUAAUAUCAAAACGGGUUAUCUCUUUUUAUCAGCCAAGAUGAUGAUUGAAGGUGGGUUACAGGAUAUUUUGAUCAAGGUGUUGAUGUUUGCUGUUGUUCAAGCUCUGGUUUAUCUCAUCCUUUCUAAAUCGUCAAACAUCUUCUCCAAAUCCAAGUACAAGAGAUCGCAUAGUUUCAAACCAGCUCGAUCCGUUAGUAUUCGAAGGAUGAUGGCUGCUCUCCAAGACUUGCCUGCAGGUGGAGAGCCAUCACCGACUACUACAAAUCAAGAUCAUCCAACUGCGUCUUAAUAGUUAUUUAGGAGGCUUGCAUACACAGAUAUUAGAGAUUGGCGUGCUUGUUAAUUUAUAUAUAUAUGUAAAUCUAAGCGAGUUUUCGGUUGCUUGUACUCAAUGUGAAAUCAGAUCAUUCUUGUAAGUUAAUUAUUUACACAGAAAUUAUAAUAUUUGUUGUGAUA